AUGCUGGAAAUAUCGCUGGACAUGACACCUACGCCUGAGCCACCGACAUCGCUCGUCCCUGCAACACCGCGUUUUGUCGAUUCCAUGUUGAGCUGGGCCACAGAUCUGCUGCGGAACGUGGAUGCGCUUUGCACUGAGGCAGCGACUUUGCGCGAGAGCAUCGCACUCAUUCAGCAAAGCGUCGUUGUGGCUCUGGCGAAUGUACAGCUACAUGCAAAUAAUAUCAAGUCUGCAACUACUGAGCUUGUGCGCAUUGCACAGAAGGAUUUCGAACGCAUGGAACAGCUGCUUCAUCAGUACACGGCUGAUCUCGACAUUCUGCGCCGUGUGCCCGUCCACCCACAACUUGUGAGGCGAUCGGCCUCGGGAGGAACAGCCUCCGUGUUAUGUGAUGUGGUUGAUGUAGCUCAUGUGCAUCGAGUAGCUGCCUCAUGCCGGAGUGCGCGGGAAGAUGUGCGUGCAUUGUAUGAGAGAGUCAUGGAGACAGAAAGUCGACUGACGAGGGACUUGCGCGACUUGACGCACGAAAUCGAGCAGACGGACGUGAAGCCGUCCAUCGAAACAUAUGAGCAGAUCGUAGGGUUGCAAGAACAGGUGCACGUCGAGCAUGCAUCGUUGGUAUCAAUGUGCCAACGCGUGGAAUCGCCAUCGAAUCCCGACUGGCUUCAUGCUCAGGCGAAGGCUGAGGCGCUGUAUGCACGGGAAACGCCCAUUCUUCACACUCUUGACUGUCUCGUCCAGGAUCGAAAUGAGCUCUUGUACCGGGACAUCAAUCUGAUGCAGGACAUUAGUGGCCUGCAAAGUGACUUUACAGAGCUAAGCGCGCUCGUGGCCCAUACCGAUGUAACUCUUGAGUCGUCACUAAAUGAUGGUUUCCAGGUGCUUGAACACGUACAUUCCAUGUACGGUGCCUACGGUGCGCUUCUCGCAGAGGCUGUGCGUCGUUCCGAGUUCAAACGCAUGUAUUUAGCGAAAGCUCAAUGCAUCGCCGAGCUCAUGGCAAAGUUAUCGGAAAAGGAGACGAAACGACGCAAACGACUAUGGCAGGACCUCAAUGGUGCUUGGCCUUGGGAAUUGCCCUGCAUGGACUUGUCCUUACCUGUGUUUGAUAUUACAACUAGAUGUCAUGAUUCUUCAUCCUCAACAACCUAUACCCAAGAAGAUCUUGCCGAGUUUCAUGCGCAAUUGCAUGCUCUGGACCGAGAAAUGCGCACGAUAGAUUCAACAAGAUCGGUGGAACAUGAUGUUCACAUAUAUAUGCGGCGCUUUGCUAGUGAGCCACACAAUUUUGAGGAAGACUUUUGUGUGUUGGCGCGACGUGAACUGGGUUUGGAGGACAUGGCUGAGUCGUCGGAAGACGAAGCGAUCGAUUCAGUCGACGGCAACGUCGACGAUGACGACGACACCACACACAAGCAGUCGAGGCCCGAGCGUGCAUAA